ACGGAAUUCACAAUAGGAGAGGAGCAAGAUCACCGUGUCCCAUCCUGCCUCUCUAAGCGUCCGGUAACGAUGGACGGUCACCAGCGCUGUGACCGUCGCCGCAGCUGGGCUCAGGGGUGAAGAAAGAAAAGAGUUUGUUAGAGAAACUGUCAAAUGUUUUACAAGUAGAGGGAAUAUCGUGAAGGAGAUCUAAAGGCCAAGAAUGUCAUACCUUGGCAGUUGUGACCGGAGAGCGAAGCCCCCACUCUUGCUGUUCACUGCAUCCCUGAGGGACCUGGCCUGGCCGCCUUCUGUCCGUGUCUAUGCAGGGAGCAUGGGCCCCCGGGGUCCUUGUUCCCAGAAGAAACAAAGAGGCCGUCCUGGUCCGGUGCUGAGAGUGAUUGGGCCUCCCCAGUGGUUCUGGUAUAGAAAAGAUCGCAGAGGUGCUGGCAAAACCCCAACCCUCGGUGGCGGCUUCCAUGUGAACCUGGGGAAGGAGUCGAGAGCACAAACCCUGCAGAAUGGGAGGCGUCAGAUCCACCACCUGGGGAGCCAGCUGCAGCUGAACCAGCACUGCCUGGACACGGCCUUCAACUUCUUCAAGAUGGCCGUAAGCAAGCACCUGACCCGCGGCCGGAAGAUGGCCCACGUGAUCGCGGCCUGCCUCUACCUGGUGUGCCGCACGGAAGGCACCCCGCACAUGCUCCUGGACCUCAGUGACCUGCUCCAGGUGAACGUUUACGUGCUGGGGAAGACCUUCCUCCUCCUGGCGAGAGAGCUGUGCAUCAACGCUCCAGCGAUAGACCCGUGCCUGUACAUCCCCCGCUUUGCCCACCUGCUGGAGUUCGGUGAGAAGAACCACGAGGUGUCCAUGACGGCCCUUAGGCUCCUGCAGAGGAUGAAGAGGGACUGGAUGCACACUGGCCGCCGCCCCUCGGGCCUCUGCGGAGCAGGUCAUCGGCCCAAGUGCUGGGCUGCCACGCACCCGUCCCGAUUCCUGAUUCCCGUCGUGCCCCCUCCAGCACUUCUGGUUGCAGCCAGGAUGCACGAUUUCCGGAGAACCGUCAAAGAGGUCAUCAGCGUGGUCAAGGUGUGCGAGUCCACACUGCGGAAGAGGCUGACGGAGUUCGAGGACACGCCCACCAGUCAGCUGACCGUGGAUGAGUUCAUGAAGAUCGAUCUGGAGCAGGAGUGUGACCCCCCGUCCUACACAGCCGGGCAGCGGAAGCUGCGCCUGAAGCAGCUGGAACACGUGCUGUCCAAAAGGCUGGAGGAAGUUGAAGGCGAGAUAUCCACCUACCAGGACGCAAUUGAGAACGAGUUAGAGAGCAGCCGGCCGAAGGCGAAGGGGGCCCUCGCCAACCUGACUCGAGAUGGCUCCGUGGACGACACCUCGUCCAGUGUGUUCGGUGAGGACGAUGCUGAGGACGAGGAGCUGGAAGCCGCUGCCAGCCACCUGAACAAGGACUUUUACCAGGAGAUCCUCGGCAGUGGCUUGUCCGGCAGCUCCGACAUGGGCGGAGACCCCGAGGGGGACGCCAGGCCCCCUGCCCUGGAGUCCCUGCUUGGCCCCCUGCCCACCGCGGCCAGCCUGGGCAUCUCAGACUCCAUCCGAGAGUGCAUCUCCUCCCAGAGCCAGGACCCCACGGACGCCUGUGGAGACGGCGAGCUGGACCUCAGUGGCAUCGACGACUUGGAGAUUGACAGGUACAUCCUGAAUGAGGCGGAAGCCCGCGUAAAGGCCGAGCUGUGGAUGCGGGAGAACGCGGAGUACCUGCGGGAGCAGAGGGAGAAAGAAGCAAGAAUAGCAAAGGAAAAGGAGCUCGGCAUCUACAAGGAGCACAAGCCCAAGAAGUCCUGUAAGCGCCGGGAGCCGAUCCAGGCCAGCACAGCGGGGGAGGCCAUCGAAAAGAUGCUGGAACAGAAGAAAAUCUCCAGCAAGAUCAACUACAGCGUGCUCCGGGACCUCAACAGCAAGGGCGCGGGCGGUCUGCCCGAGGGGGACGCGCGGCCCGAGGAGCGGACCAGCUCCCGGAAGCUGUCUCGGAGGAAAACGCCUGCCAGGAGGCACCGGGCCGACCCCGUGACCAGCGUGGGGAAGAGGUUGAGGCCCAUGGUGUCUGCACAGCCAGCCAAGAAGGCGGCGGUCGGAGAGACCGUGCCCCCGAGCCCGCCCGCCCUGGGAGCUGAGCCCACCAGGCCCACGGCGGUGCUGGUGGAGAGCGGGCCCGUGUCGUACCACCCCGAGGACGACCCCGACGAGGACGACCCCGACGAGGACGACGGGGAGCCCUGCGUCAGCGCCCUGCAGAUGCUGGGCAGCAGCGAUUACGGCUGUGACGGUGAGGAGGACGAUGGGUACUGAGCCGUGGCCCUGCCGCCAGUGGCGUGUGGCGGUGGGGGCCUCGGGUGGGCCCUCGCCGUGGCCACUCAGCACCCCCGUAGCACUCGCUGUCGUGACCUCAUCUGGAACGUCGUCGGAGUGUUUCUGCCCAGCAGGGGACCGGACCGCUGUCUGAGCAUCUGGGCCAACGUGUCUUGUCCCGUGGAAGGAAACUGAGGCACGAGGAGGCCCGCUUGGCGGAGCGAGUGGAGGGUUGCGUGGGCUCUGCCCCUUGUGGAGCCGGGUGCCGUGGCCCCGCCUCCCCGGAGCUGAGAAGCAGGGCGCAGCCCCACCCCUGCGGGGCCAGGGCCGCUCUGUGCCUGCAGCUGCGCCUUCAGCCAGACCCUGGGCCCUGGCCCGCCCCUGGCCCCCCGCCGGCCACAAACUGAGUCGGCCACACGGCUCAGCAGACAGGACGAUCGGCCCCAUGUCCCCGGGGUGCACAGCUGCCCUGGGUGGUGCCCCCACACCCUCUGCUGCUGCCUGGAGCUGAAGCCACCCCUUGUCUGACCUGGGAUCUGGCUCCGUAUCCACAGGGGGGCGGCAGGCAGGGGGGCUGCAGGCCCGGCCGCCCUGCUCCGGAUGGCUUCUGCUGCCCUGGGCUCCCCCCGAGGGCCAGGCCUCAUCACUUGAAGGCCCAACAACCACUUUCAGGGCCUCAGUUUGGGUGUUGCUGCUCUGGACGUGGCCGUGGAGGCAGGGCAGAUACUUUUGCCGCUCGAGGCCCUAGACCUGGCCACCGUGCCCCCUACAGCGGCAGAGGGGGCCCCACUGCCUUCCCAGGGCCCAGCCCUCCAUCUCCAGGGCUGGGCCAGGCCCCCCCACCAAUGCAGCAGUCUGCAGCAGGGAGGACGUUGAGGUCUUGGACCCGGCAGCCAGCCUGGACCCCGGGGCUCCUCAGAAGCUGGAGAGGAGAGUGGGUUUAGUGAAACAGAAAGAUCCAUUACUUGAGCAGAUACCCACAGAGGCUGCGGCCUGUGCUUCCACAUCUGGGCCCGUGGCCUGCCUCGGGGGAGCGAGGCCACCGCAGGGCCGCCCGCCAGUGGGCGUGGGAGGAGUGUGCAGCGGGCAGGCUGGACUCAGGCGACAUGGUUCAGGCUCAUGAGCAGUCUCCUUGUGCGCAGCCAUAUGGAGUCCCCAAGUCUGUCCCUGUCACGGGCCAUCCUGGCCAUGGCCCCUGAGGGCCCACAGGGCAGGGAGGCCCUGGCCACAGUGGCUCUUAGAGCGGCCCCAAGCGCUGGCUUCCUGGUGGGGGCGGGUGGGGGGUUCACUGCAUCAUUUGGGGAGCAGAGGGCGGUCUGGGCCUAGCCAGGGAUGACCGGCUCUGGGGACUUCCAGGUGGAGGUGUGGCAGUGGCUGUGGAGGUGACUGAAUGGCCCUCUGGGAGAUGGGGCCGCCUCCACUGAGCUCUGGCGGGACACGUACUCUGGAAGGCUGGACAGAGGAGGUUUCCGCGGGGGGCGGGGCGUGUUGCGCCCCC